AAGGGGCGCGAGCGGAGCGUCCCUCCUGUGCUCCGCUAUACGCGCUGUGGAGGCCGCGGGUUUUAUUCAGGCAAAACUUGAACUGAAAGGCCUGAUUUCAGCAGCCAUGGGACUGUCUGCAUCCGCCCCAGCGGCCACAGCUCAGUCAGCAGCCGAGCCAUCCAAACAGCACCAGGCAGCCUCUCCACCUUCAGAAUGCCCCAUGCAUCGGGAGAAAGCGAGAGGUUGUCCGAUGCACAUGAAGACUUCUGACCGUAGGGCUGAGGACACAGAUAAUGUUCCUGCACAUCAGGAAAGAGCAUAUGAAUAUGUAGCGUGUCCUGUCAAGUCUGGGACAUCUCAAGCAAACAGUGACAUAGAUCCUAGCAAUAUGAUGCCUCCUCCUAAUCAGUUGCCAUCUCCAGAUCAACCAUUUCCAUUGUCAACUGUUAGAGAAGAAUCUUCCAUUCCUAGGGCACACUCUGACAAGAAAUGGGUCUAUCCUUCAGAGCAGAUGUUUUGGAAUGCUAUGCUAAGAAAAGGGUGGAGGUGGAAAGAUGAUGACAUAACAAGUGAAGAUAUGACUAACAUCAUUAAGAUUCACAAUCAAAAUAAUGAGCAAGCUUGGAAGGAGAUUUUGAAGUGGGAAGCUCUUCAUGCUAUGGAAUGUCCGUGUGGACCAUCCCUGAUGCGGUUUGGAGGCAAAGCAAAGGAGUAUUCACCAAGAGCCAGAAUACGUUCAUGGAUGGGGUAUGAGCUUCCCUUUGACAGACACGAUUGGAUUGUUGACCGAUGUGGAAAAGAAGUGCGGUAUGUUAUUGAUUACUAUGACGGUGGUGCAGUAGAUAAGAACUAUCAGUUCACUAUCCUGGAUGUUCGUCCUGCAUUUGAUUCUCUGUCGGCUGUGUGGGACAGGAUGAAGGUAGCCUGGUGGCGUUGGACUUCUUAACUACUCUUGUUAUGUGUGAUCAAAAAGUAAACCACUUGCCUCUGAGGUUUGAGGGUACGUGGACAGUAGGACAUGAAAUAGAAGUUCAGUAAAACUGUGAUUAUUUUCAUCACCACUGUUCUUUGGGGAGGGGGCAUGACGAGGGGUGAAGAAAUGCAUUGUUAAGUAUACCAAUGCUUUAUGAUACUGUAAAUUAUAUAAUAAAAGUACAGAAGCAAAAACAUGCAUCUUAAUUUUCGUAAGACCUGGGAAAUCUUUUAUUCUGUUACAAAUCUUGCAUAAGAUUUCCUUCUUUCAUUUCAUGCCUUUGGUGCUGUACCAAAUACAUUAGAUUUCUGGUUCUGACUGUGGUUUUGAGCACUACUUAAAAAUAGUGAAAACUGGAAGUUUCAUGAACGGUUGCCCUUAGUUACAGUAUUAGCAUACUCAGAUAAAGCGUAAAAGUUGUGGACUGCUACAAACUGCAUGUUUUACUAAGUAUUGAAAACUACAUGCUUGUUUUCACAUGGGCACUUUACCUGUUUAAAUAUGUUUCCUCAGAAAAUUUCAGUCAAAUCUAUUCUGUUAAAGAAAUACGAGUGUUGCAGUGUGAGUAUUUCUAAAAGUGUGUUCAAUUGAAAAUGUGGAGAGUAUACUUAAGCCUUAAUUUGCAGUUUAUCUUUGAACAGAAGAACAGCUGAUUGUUACAGGCAGGAAAUGAGUGUGUCGGCUUCUCUUAAAACAACACUUCUCAAAGGAAAUAAGGUUGAUCUCUAAUGAGUAUUUAUUUAAUCAUUUUAAAAGUUUGUUUUCUGAUAUAAGAAAAUUGUAUUCUUUUUGCUGCACUUGUGUGCUUUUCUGUCUUUAUUGUGUCUUCUCAUGUAUUCAGGACAGAAACUUUAUUUAAAGAAUGUGUCCGGCACUGCAUCUGGAUUUUGCAUCGUAGUUUCAUCACCUGUAGUGUAGUAUUUCUUAAUUCUUUUUGAAAUAUAUAACAGUUGCACAGAGGUGUAUGACUACGUAGUCAUAACACGUUCCUUCGUAGCAGUGAUAGUGAGGUGUGGUACAGAUGUGUAUAUGACUUGGCUAAAAGGGUAUCCAAAGCACAAGUAAAUACUUUGCAAGUAAGCAAGGUUGAGUUGAGCAUUUUUUGAGAGUGAUGCUUGUUAAUUUUGUGUGGAUGAACAAACACUUUGUGUUUGUACUUAAUAAUUUUUUUCCUUUUUUAAAGUCUUCUACUGUAAUAGCUUUAAAUUUGCAUGGCUUGGUAAAUUUCCUGAAAUUACGUUACUCCUCCCUUUCAGCAUACAGUACUGUUGAGGAGAAGUCCUCUGUGCAAAAGACUUGAGAACAGAAAGAAUAACCAAAUACCACAUUGUAGUUUAAGUCAGAGUUUCUUCUUGUAACUUAAACUGUCAACCAGCUGUACCUUAAUUUUCUGAAAGUGGUUAUUUUUCAUUGAUAACAGAAGCUUUUUGUUUUCUCUCAAGGGGAGAACACCUUAGUACUUCAGUAAAGUAACUCUUCUCAAUUAAGAAAAUAGGCAGGGAAUCUUCCAUAAUUCAUGGUAGUAAUGGAGACUAAUCACUACCACUUCAUUGGCAACUGUCUGUAGGGUCAGAAUAAAACUUACCCAGAAGUCUGGAAUCCUAAUAACUCCUAUUUUUACCCGUUUCCAAUUUCCCUAUUAUUUUUCCCUUUUUUCACUGAUUCAUACAUAUGUAUGUGUGUGUGUAUAUAUUAAAUAAGAACAGUUUAGUGCAAGAAAACCCAGGCCCCGGUCUGAGAAGGCAGUAUAUAUGCGAGAUAUAAGAAGUGUGUGAUCUUCUAUGAAGCAUUGUGUCUGACAGUAAAAGAGCUACUUCUUUUAGUUCUAACAGAGACAGAAGAUUGCUGCUUUUUGAGGUGGGCUUUUUGAGUUUUAUGUGUGUUUGGUAACUUGAUCUACGCACAAUGGAGGGAGUGCUUUGGAAGCUUCAAAAUGACUAGUCUGCACUGUUGGUUUUGGAAACUUGACAUUAAGUGUGUUAUGAAAACUGUAAUUGCUACUAAAUCUGGUAGAUGUUUCAUGCUGCUCCAUGAGUUUACUGUCUUCUGUUUCAUCUUUCCUAGUUUGAGAAUUGUUUUUUUCUGUAUUGUUUUGUCAUUCAAACAAAAAGGAGACUCAAAUAAAUAUACUUUUCUUAA